AACACCGCCUUUCCUUCUCACACUUUGAACGAUUCCUAAACCUUCUUUCUCUUGUUCCAUCGUUCUCUCAUCCCUCCCCUCAUCUCUCAUUCCAUACCAUGGCAGACCUGGCCUACACUCCUCUGACUGAUAUCCCUUCGGUUGUCCAAGACCUCCGCGCGACCUUCAAGUCCGGCCUUACAAAGCCCUUGGCCUAUCGUAAGGAGCAGCUCAAGGGCCUGCACAACCUUGUAGCCGAGAAUGAAGCCGCAAUCCGCGAGGCUGCCUAUCUCGACCUCCACAAGCCUCCACUGGAGCUCUUCCUCGGCGAGACCGGUAUGCUCAAGCAAGAGUGUGUCGAUGCCAUCAAGAACCUCGACAGUUGGGCGGCCCCAGAGAAGGUGAAGGGAGCUGGGUUUGCCGGUCUGCUCGAUACUGCCCUGAUUCGAAAGGAGCCUGUUGGCAUAGUGCUGAUUAUUGGUGCGUGGAACUAUCCUCUGAACCUGCUGCUUGUGCCCGCAGUCGGUGCGAUUGCAGCUGGAAACACGGUCUUGCUCAAGCCCUCGGAGGUGUCAUCGCACAUGGCGGCGUUGGUCACGAAGUUGCUGCCUCGGUAUCUGGAUUCGAGGAGUUAUCGUAUCGUUAAUGGUGGUCCAGAGCAGACUAUGGGCUUGCUUAGUCACAAGUUUGACCACAUCUUCUAUACGGGCAGUGGAAACGUUGGAAAGGUUAUCAUGGGCGAAGCUGCUAAGCAAUUGACGCCCGUUACUCUUGAGCUUGGAGGAAAGAGCCCAGUGUUUAUCGCCAAGAACCUCGAUCUCAGCGUUGUGGCACGUCGACUGGUCUCUACCAAAUUCUUCAACUGCGGUCAAUCCUGCAUUGCACCCGACUAUGUGCUUAUUGAGCGUGGAGGAGAGCAGGAACUGGUGAAGCACAUGAAGGCUGUUGCUCAGGAGUUCUACGGCGUGAAUCCUCAGACCUCCAACCAUUAUGCGCGUAUCGUGAACAAGCGCCACUUCCAUCGCGUGAAGAAGAUGAUCGACAACACAAAGGGCCGCGUGGUUAUUGGUGGCGACACGCAGGAAGACGAUCUCUUCGUUGCACCAACGGUGAUUCUAGAUGUUCAGCCAGACGACGCCUCGAUGGAGGACGAGAUUUUCGGACCCAUACUGCCGAUUAUGGUGGUGGAUUCACUGGAGCAGGGUGUCGAAUAUGUGGGUGAACACGAUCAGCCCCUGGCAUUGUAUAUCUUCAGCCAGGACAAGAAGCAGAUCAACUACAUCUUGGACAACACUCGGUCUGGAGGUGUAGUUGUCAAUGACCUUAUGAUCCAUUUCGCAUUCACGUCCCUGCCUUUCGGGGGAACAGGUCCCUCUGGUAUCGGAAACUAUCAUCAGAAGAAGUCCUUCGAUACCUUCUCGCACGAACGCAGCACCUUGAUCAAGUCCUUGAGCAUGGAGCGUGCCAACAGUAUCCGCUACCCUCCCUACAGCGAGAAAAAAAUCAGUUGGUUGCAGUGGAUUUUGUACAAUAAGGCCAAGUUCGGUCCCAACGCAGCCAACCCAGGGGCGGACAAAGCGAAACUUUAAUAUACAUAUGCGCUAGGAUAAUGACUAGGCAUGAAAGAUACUUGAGUACAUUACAAUGAAAG